AUGCCGCUCAUUCUCGACGUUUCCCGUAACAUUGCCGAGAUUGGAUUUCUGACCGCCAUGCUCGGCAACAGUGUUCUAAUCUAUUUGACUGGAUGGAUGACUAAACAAAUCCGGGGCACCUACAAGUACAUGAUUAUCAUUUUCGCCGGCUUCGGCCUGGCGUUUUCGCUGGUAGAAAUGCUUGCCCGACCGUUUGUGCACAGCUAUAACGGAGCAUUUGUGUACUUCAGUCUGGCCAAAGAAAUAUCCGGGAUGAUUAACAUUGUCACGUUUCUACUUGCUCUCUACGCAGGCCUCUACGCCACUUUGAUUUCAUUUGUUGCUGUACAGUUUAUGUAUCGGUACUGGGUGCUCAUCAAGUAAGUUUUUGGCCAGGCAAACGGGGUUAGUACCUACUCGGGUAAUUAAAUUUCCGAUUGGAUAAUCCAAUCAAACUGAACAUAAUAAAAGAAUUUAUGAAUGCUCCGUUUCAGCCAAGACCUUCUGAUGGUUUUAUUCGCAGGCUGGAGAGUUCUGAUAUGGGUCGUUUAUGCACUGAUCUUUGGUGCUCUGUGGGUCUUUCUCUGCUUCUUUUGUGGAAGAUUUGACACGUAUUCAAUGGUUUAUAUCAGGUAGAUCAAGUAGGAAAUAUUGCAUUUUCAAAUGUUCGUUUGAGAGAUGAAAUGAUGAGUGUGUACGACAUGAACAUCACUGAAAUCGCUGGAGUUGUGAUUGUUGCUUAUGUGAGUGAAUAUUUUCCUUAAAAAACAGAAAACAUAUUUUGAAACGUUCAGGAGCCCGAUCCUGUCGAUAAAUCGAAUGUUCACCUCCGCAAGAGUAGUGCCUUUUUCUGGUGUGGCACUAUUUUCAUUCUUGUAAUAAGGCCUGUCACAUAGCAUUUUCAUAGGUUCCCGUUUCCAGUUCUUCCAAUACAUAAUCGUAGUGUUCUGCGGCACCUCCAUGCAUUUCUCUAUGGCCGAGAAACUCAAAAACUUUUCGCUCGUCCAUCAACGCCUUCAAAAGCAGUUCUUCAAAACGCUCAUCUGCCAGAUAAGCGUGCCAACAGUCCUCUUCCACAUGCCCAUCGUUCCGGUGCUCACUGCUCCGUUUCUGAAUUUGGAAAUCAGUUUCCAAUCGGGAAUCAUCUACAGUCUGUUCAGUUUGUAUCCGCCAAUCGACAGUUUCAUUCUAAUGUACAUCGUGUCGGAUUAUCGGAAUGCUCUAAGCAGUAGGUUUGUAAUUUGAACAAAUGGGACACAUUCUGAUUUUAGAAUUGGCCAGUAGAAACAGGCAGGUGUACACUGGAAGUGCAAUUAUGACAAGUCAAGUCGGCAUUCAAAUGUCUUGA